AUGCAGUUCACCCUCACCCACGCCAUCCUCGCAGCCCUGGCCUGCACCCCCGCCAUGGCCGCCCCAGCCAAAGCCAAGUCCAUGAUGAUCAAGGAAUCCGAAUGGACCAUCGAGAGCCUCAAGCGCGAGUGCAACGACGACGACUCCAAGUGCACCUGGACCUUCGGCAUCAACCCCGGCGACGGCGCCACCGACUGCACCUACGAGGUCGAGGGCAGCCCUGCCUCCGAGGCCGACGGCGGCCCUGUCAACUGCGGCGCCUACACCGUCACCUCCGGCUGGAGUGACCAGUUCGGCCCCGAGAAUGGCUUCACGACUUUGUCUGUUGUGAACCAGGACACCCGCGAGAUUGUCUGGCCUGCCUACACUGAUAAGCAGGUUGACGGUGGCGAGGUUGUUGUUCCUGACCAGAGCUACACUCCUCAGGUUCUUCCUUGA